AUGAAGAAAGGUGGCUAUGUUACCCUUUCCUGCGAUCAUCUUGCCAUGGUUGUGAGCAAUGAGCAACGUACGGUCGAAAUGAUACACAUUCUCACCGAUCAGCUUGCGAGUCUUAUUGACACAGUCGUCUCAAGCUCAGUUGAUCAUGACUCACUUGCUAAAACAUAUGGAAAGGUCAUCGUUGCCCUUGCAACACUCCAGAACUCGGUUCAAGAUCUCUCCAAAGCAUAUAUCAAUCAUGCCAAUACUGUUCUCAAUCCUGGCCGUGCUGGGACUCUUGAUCUCAACCUGACAACGACGCUGCUUGACAGCGGCUUGUUGACUCACCGCGCACCGAGUCCUGGCAUGAAGCCAGAGGCGCCUACAGAAGCCAAGAAAAAGCGCAAGAGAGCAGCUCACGAUCCCAACGCGCCCAAGAGAGCUUUGACACCAUACUUCCUGUACAUGCAGAGUGCUCGUCCUCAGAUCGCCCAGGAACUAGGUUCUAACGCAAAACCAAAAGAAGUUGCUGAUGAGGGAACUAGACGUUGGAGUAUCAUGCCAGACGCCGACAAAAAUGUUUGGAAUGCUGCAUAUCAGAGGAACCUCGCCGUCUAUCGCGUCAAGACUGCUGCCUACAAAGCGGGCAAACCUGUUCCCAGUGAUGAGGAGGCUGAGAAGAUCGCCCAAACCGAUACAACGAUCGCUGCUGUCCCAGUUGAAGAAGAAGAGGAAGAAGUCGAAGAGGAGCCUGAGGCUGUUGAGGAGGAAAGUGACUCCGAGUCAUCUCCAGAACCAGUCAGGGAGCCUUCUCCACCAAAAUCAGGGAAGAGGCGCAAGACGAGCGAUAAGCCGGCUGCGACUCCAGUUAAGGAGACUCCCAAACCCACUGCUGCGGCGGAGAAAGACAAGAGGAGCAAGAAAGCUAAAAAGGAACCAACACCGCCGCCUGCAUCUAAGACGGGAGAGAAGAAGAAGAAGUCCAGGAAAGCAGCUUGA